AUGAAUGCUGUUCAUGAAGGCUGUGACUUUCCCGAGAAGGAUAGUGCGGUCAAGGUGCCUUGUAUUCUCGGCGAUUGCACUAUUCAGCUCUGCCGCGCCACUACUUAUGAACCUCCAUUUUACCUCUUCCCGGAGCUCCUAGAGAAGGUUCCCGAGGGCACCCCAGCUUUGCGUGUUUGGGAUGCGGUGGCGGAUGUGCUGGAUGUGCAGAAUUCAUCGUGGAAGAUUGCCGACAUCCAGGCGCUUACUUCCUCCCAUGCGAUGGAAAAAAAGGGUGCGGAAGGGCCUGAAAAGGAUAGUGGAUCUCCUUCGACGGCUGCUCAUACCCUGGCUUCCCUAAUCUCAUCCAAUCGCCUCCUGCAGGCCGGUUUAACUCCCUCCGUACUGCUGAAGGGAAACUUUUCCGCCGCGAAGAUGCUAGAGGAGCUGGUGCAGCUGAAAUCGCGUGUGGGGUUGGAUGAGCAGGAAGGCGCCGUGCUGAUGACGAACCACUUCAUUAAUCUGUUAGCGUGGCGAAAGCUAUGCGAUGUGAACCACGGCGCGGCGACGACGGCCCCGUUUCCAGCCGCCGCCGCGGAGGCGGCGACCGAGGACGGUCGAAACGAGGGCGCACGAAAGCGUCCGCGCGGGGGGGCCGAGGACGAGAUGCUGGAUCGCCUGCGGCCGUGUGUGGAUCCGUGGUCCGCCGAGGUGGACGCGCCGUCGAACGCCGGGGUCUUCAUCUCCGGCCGUGAGGACGACGUCGAGCGGCGGGUGGAGCUGCUCGAGACGCUCGCGCGGCUGUACCGGCGGCCCUGGCGGCGGCUCCGCUCGCAGGGCUGCCAGACGGACUACGUCGUCCCCCCGGGCACGAUCAACCUGACGAACCCGUACACGAAUGGGCAGUGCCCGGGAGGGGGUCACGGCGCGGCCCACGCCUUGGAUGUCGUCCAGGAUCUCGGCUGGCGGGUCCGCCCUGCCGGGCCGUCGUCAUCGCGAUGGGAUGGCGGGGGCUACGCGGUGUGGAUUCGCUCGAACACCCGCCCUGAGGCGAAGGAGCGGCGGGUCGAUCUGAACGGCAGCCGCGUCGUGUGCACCACGGCCAAGGCAACCGCCACGGUGCUUUUUGGGCGCGCGUCGGGGGUGCAGUACGGGAUUUCGGGAAAUCCACUCCACAUCGAUGUCGGGCUUGGCGCCUUUACGAACAACCCGCAGACGCUCUCAACGCUGCACUUCGCCCUCAUCUUGCGCUUUGUGGGAGACGUUAGCGAAUCCCUGGCGGAUCCAAGGGAGACUUCCUUAUCCAACCAACCCCUUAGCGAUGAGGAAAGCGGAAUGGCGCUCAAAGCUCAAUCUCAAACUGAGGGAACGCAUCGUGAGGGUUCAUCGGGGUGGACGGUGUGGUUGAUGAGCUACGGGCGAAAUGGGGUCUCCAUCGUCCGCAGCGGCGGGGAAACGCCGCGGUGGGUGCACGGCGGCGAUGCGCUGCAGCUGCACGCCGGCGACGAGAUUGUUGUCGGUGAUGGUGAGGUGCGUGUGACCCUCAUCUCGACGCGGGAGGAAGGCGACUCAAUAGACGCUGAAAGAUUGCCGAUCAAAUGUGAAGAAGGCGUGCCACCUCCAGCCGUGAAAAGGGAAAGCAACCCUGAGGAUGAGUAUGAGGCGUGA